UAAAAAGCCUCCCUCCUUCCUGAAAACGCCAUAACUUCGCAAUCAAGAACACGACAACCCCCAACUAGGAAGAAAAGAAGAAAGAAAGAAGAAGAAAAUGAGGCUAACUUGGUCGCCGGAAAGAGCCUCAAAGGCCUACAUAGAAACCGUUACCGCAUGCAAAGCUUACCAAGAAUCGGGUGUUCCGGAGCUCGUCUCUGCCAUGGCCGCUGGCUGGAACUCUCAGCUCAUCUUGGAAACAUGGGCUAGGGGUAGGCCCAUAGCCACCAGCAUCGGCCUCGCUGUCUCGAGCAGCCACACCGGCGGCAGGCAUGUCUGCGUGGUCCCCGACGAGCAGUCGAGGUUAGAGUAUGUUACUAUCGUGGGAGAGGUGGCCUCUGCCACGGAAGUAAUCGUUGGGGAGGCUGAGGAAGCCAUGCAAAGGAUGGCGGGGAUAGACUUCAUGGUCGUGGACUGCAGGCAGGAGGAUUUCGGGAUGCUGCUGAGGACUGCAAGAUUGGGAAGCCGGGGGGCUGUGCUGGUCUGCAAGAACGCGAGCUCAAGGGUCGGGUCAGGUUUCCGGUGGCGGAGCAUUCUCGAUGGAGGCGCACCCCGCCGCCUCGUGAGAUCGGUGUUCCUUCCAGUGGGUAAGGGGCUUGACAUCGCAUAUGUAGGGACCAGCGGAGGUGGCACUUCUGGUUCGGCCAGGAAAAACAGCCGUUGGAUCAAGCACAUCGAUCGGGAAUCGGGUGAGGAGAUCAUCAUAAGAAAAUGAUAAAUGCUUGACGGAACUAUAUCUUGUAUAUGUACAUAAAAUUAGUAAAAUCGAUUAGGAGGAUGUAUAAAUUUCGCUUGAGAAUAAAUUAAUCAAAAGUAAAAUUUUGCUGACGA